AUGGCUGAAUUACGUCGUUCUGCUAGAGUUGCCUCUAGACCUGCCAGUGCACCUGAACCAACCAUUGAAGAGCCAGCUAAGAAGAAGGCCAAACCAGCCAAGCCAGCAACCGGUACUACCGCCCCAGCAUCUGGUUUGCAAGUCGGUGAUGAAAUUCCCGACAUUUCUCUACUCAAUCAAGACGACGAAGAAAUUAAUUUACAAGAAGUUGCCAAAAAGACCAAAUACGUCGUGAUUUUUGCUUAUCCCAAGGCAUCUACUCCUGGUUGCACGAGACAAGCCUGUGGGUUCCAAAGAAACUUUGCAUUUUUCAGCAAGAGUAAUGUCACUGUGUUUGGAUUAAGUGCUGAUUCACCAAAGGCGCAAAAGAAUUUCCAAACUAAACAACAUUUACAAUAUGAUUUGUUAUCCGAUCCAAGUAAGAAGUUGAUUGGUGCUUUAGGGGCCAAGAAGAGCCCUUCAGGGAUCAAAAGAUCCCAUUGGGUAUUUGUAGAUGGUGUUUUGAAGGUCAGUAGAGUUCAAAUUUCCCCCGAAGCAAGUAUUGAUGGUGCUAAACAAGAAAUUGAAGAUUUUAUUUCCAAGGAUAGUACCAAUGGUAAGGAUGAAGUUGAGGCAAAAGUAGAGGAACCAGCCAAGGUGGAAGAACCAGCCAAGGUUGAAGAGCCUAAAGUAGAAGAGCCAAAAGUAGAAGAACCUGUUGUCUCAGAAAAUGGUUCAGACGAACCAAAAGUAGAAGAACCAAAGUCUGAAGAGUCGAAAGUUGAAGAACCUAAAGUUGAUGAGCCAACAUCUUAA